AAAUUUUUCUGGUACCAGAAUCCCCCCACUUUCAGCUCACCAAAUCAAAACAACUACAAAAGCCAAGCACGCUGAGAAACGCAACACCCCUAUAACAAACGAACACCAACAACAGCCACAGAACCAUGCACUAUUCCCCACCAACACCACAAUCACCCCACCAUGAUCUCCGGCAACCAGACGGCCAAUUCCUCCGCCCAAGCUGUCGGGAACAUCGUUCCCAACCGACUCUUGCCGGAUAUCCGAAUCCUCGAGCUCUUCAUUGCCUUCAUCAUCUUCAUCGUGAUCCAUUCCCUCAGGCAACAAAAACGAUGGGGUCUACCCGUGUGGCCGCUCAUGGGCAUGUUACCGUCAUUAAUCGCCGCCUUACAGACCGACAUGUAUGAAUGGAUUUCCGACGUUCUAUUCCGCCAGAACGGGACGUUCAUGUUCAAGGGUCCAUGGUUCAGUAACCUCAACUGUAUCGUGACGGCGGACCCGCGCAACCUCGAACACCUACUAAAGACCAAAUUCACCAGUUUCCCGAAAGGCGAGUACUUCCGCAACACCGUCCGGGACCUCCUUGGAGACGGUAUCUUCAAUGCCGACGACGAGACGUGGCGCCGUCAAAGGAAAACGGCAAGUAUUGAGUUCCACUCAGCUGAAUUCCGCAAACUGACAGCUGAGUCACUGGUCGAACUCGUUCACUCACGCCUGUUGCCUGUCUUAGAGGAUUCCAUCAAACAGCAGGUACCCAUCAAUCUACAAGACGUGCUACUAAGGCUAACAUUCGAUAACGUGUGUAUGAUAGCAUUUGGUGCCGACCCGGGCUGUUUGAGCCCAGGCUUGCCAGAAAUACCAUUUGCUCGGGCUUUCGAGGAUGCGACGGAGUCGACGAUCAUACGUUUCAUCACCCCAACAAUUGUAUGGAGAGCCAUGCGGUUUCUCGACGUGGGGCCGGAGAAGAAGCUUAGGAGAUCAAUUCAGGGAGUGGACGAGUUCGCUAACGAUGUUAUACGGGCGAGGAAGGAGGAGCUGUCUUUAGACUCUCCCAACAAGGUGACUAAAUCCGACCUCUUGACGAUCUUUAUCAAAUCGAAAGACGACGAUGGGAAUCCUUACUCAGAUAAGUUCUUGAGGGACAUCUGUGUGAAUUUCAUACUCGCUGGGAGGGACACUUCGUCGGUGGCUUUGGCUUGGUUUCUUUGGUUGCUAGAUCAGAAUCCGGUGGUUGAAGAACGGAUACUGGCUGAGGUUCGCCGCAUAGUCGGUGAGAGGAAGAAUACCGACAAAGAUGAGGAGAAUGCUCCGGUUGUUUUCACGCCGGAGGAGGUGAAGAGAAUGGAGUAUUUGCAAGCAGCUUUGUCUGAAUCCCUGAGGCUGUAUCCUUCGGUUCCGGUGGACCACAAAGAGGUUGUUGAAGACGAAGUCUUUCCCGAUGGAACCAUAUUAAAGAAAGGAACAAAGGUUAUCUAUGCCAUCUACACAAUGGGGAGAAUGGAAAGCAUAUGGGGCAAAGAUUGCAGAGAGUUUAAGCCAGAGAGAUGGCUUAGAGAUGGAAGAUUCAUGAGCGAAUCGGCAUACAAAUUUACUGCAUUCAAUGGGGGUCCAAGGCUAUGCUUAGGGAAGGAUUUCGCUUAUUAUCAAAUGAAAUUCGUUGCCGCCUCCAUCAUCUACCGCUACCGCGUGAAGGUUGUGGAGAACUUUCCCGUCGAACCGAAGCUAGCAAUGACCAUGUACAUGAAGCACGGUUUGAAGGUUCUGCUCAGCAAGCGAGAUGAUUCAGAGAUUUGGAAUUAUCAGCAAACCGGGUUCUGAGUUCCACAGAAGAUCGACAUGUGUGUGAUUUUCUUCUUCUUCUUCUUUUUUUUUUUUUCUAGAUUUUUAAAACUUUAGAUAAUAUGACUAUAAGUUGGGUUUGUUACAUAAUAACUUAAAAGUCAUGAAAUCAUGUUUGGUUACAGCUUAUCCUUUUGUCAUUCUCUUCAAGGAAGAAAAAAAUAAUAAUAAGAAAUAAUAUAAGUUAGUUUUCA